AUGGAAAGUGGUGCGCUAGAUCCGGUGGACACCGCGUAUUUGAGGCUUGUAAAGAACAAUAUCAAAGGCUGGUAUUUCUACUCGUUCUCUAGCGAGCCAUUUGUCGUGUCCGUUGUGUCUACGUACGUACCUCUGCUGCUUGAACAGUUUGCGAGAGCCAAUGGUGUGCAAUUGGAGAACCAUUCGCGGCGCUGCACCCCUGAACAUGCCAAAUGUCUUCUGCCCUUGUUCAACAAAAGGCUGAUGAUUGAUACCUCUAGUUUCCCAUUGUAUACAUUUUCGAUUUCUGUUUUGUUCCAAACUGUGGUCGUCAUUACUGUGUCGGGGAUCGUCGAUUGCUGGAAUUCGGUGAAGUUCAAAGGUAAUGUCCUGGUUCUUUUCAGUAUCAUAGGGGCCUUGGCCACGAUCGGAAUAUCGAGACUAGACACGGCGCAGUUUUACACUUUACCAUUACUGUACAUCAUUGCUAACUCCUGCUUUGGAGUUAUAAACGUGGUGGGGAACUCUCUGUUGCCGGUAUUCUCCACUAGUUUGGCUAAAUUUGAUGUCAGCGAGGUGGAGGAUAAACUAACGAGUAUUAUCAGCGGUAGGGGUGCAAGUAUAGGGUACUCCAGUGCACUGCUUGUUCAGCUGAUGUCAAUGUUGUUAAUCAACAUGAGCAAAACGAAGGUGGAUGUCCAGAUCGCGGUGUUACUUGUUGGUGUCUGGUGGUUAAUUUGGCAAUGUCCAAUGAUCUGGCUUUUCCACGAUCUGCCAGAACAGUUGACCACUCACACAGAGGAAAAUUCGAAUAUCGCACCUGUCGCAGAACGGUCCCCCUACACCAAUUUGGUGGCGAAACGGAGGCUUACUCUAAAAUCUCUGACUUACGGCUGGUCCUCUCUGUGGGAUGCGUUUGUGCACGCAAGACUACUCAGAGAUGUCAUGAUUUUUCUGCUAAGUUGGUUCAUCAUCAGUGACGCAAUAACGACGAUCAACUCCACUGCCAUUCUUUUCUCCAAGACUGAAUUACACAUGACUACGUUAAACCUGAUAACGAUUAGCGUGUUGACAAUGAUCAACGCAAUGAUUGGUGCAUUUGUCAUCCCGCAGUUUCUUUCCAAAAAGUUAAACUGGCUACCACAUCGCACGCUGAUAUACAUCAUCUGCUGGGCAAGUUUCAUCCCAUUAUACGGUAUGCUAGGGUUUGUGUUUGAUAGCAUUGGACUAAAGCACAAAUUCGAAAUGUACAUACUCGCUGUUUGGUACGGAAUCUCCCUCGGUGGGUUAUCCGCCGUCUCGAGGUCCGUCUUCAGUUUGAUCAUCCCAAAGGGCAAAGAGUCCACUUUUUUCAGCUUAUUCAGCAUCACUGACAAAGGUUCGUCGAUUGUCGGGCCAUUCCUUAUUGGACUUGUCACGGAUAGAACGCACAACAUCAGGUAUGCGUUCUACCUGCUUUUUGCUCUCUUGUUGCUGUCGUUGCCCAUUCUUGAAAUGCUGGAUGUCGAGAGAGGUAAGCGCGAGGCACAAGAGCUGAGUCAGAUCGAGACUUCGCAAAUCGAGCGAUUGGAUUGA